CAGAUCACACCCACCGAGCACCUCAUCUACCACCCCUGCUUCGACGGCCACGAAUGCGCCCGCCUCGAGCUCCCCAUGGACUGGAACCGCACAGACACUCAUGGCGCGAAGAUCGCACUGGCCGUGAUCAAGCGCCCCGCUAAGGUCCCUGUCACCGAUCCGCGAUACGGCGGGCCGAUUCUCCUGAACCCCGGGGGCCCAGGCGGUUCGGGCGUGAGUAUGCUCCUCAAGCGGGGGCAGCACAUCCAGACCGUGGUGGACUCGGCGGCGCAGCCGGCAGCGCCGGAUUCGCAACAACAAAACGAAGAAAAGUUUUUCGAUGUGGUCAGCUUUGAUCCCCGCGGGGUCAAUAACACCACCCCCGCAUUCUCGUGUUUCCGUGACUCGGCCGCGCGACGGGCGUGGAAGUUGCAGGUGGAUGCGGAGGGGAUUUUGGGGAGCAAGGAGGGGGUCUUUGAUGCGCGGUGGGCGCGGCAUGGCGCAAUGGGGUUUACCUGCACUCACCCGGGGGACGAGGAAAGCGGCGAAUGGAUCGGGCGGUUCAUGAACACCCCGACGGUGGUCGCGGAUAUGGUUGAGCUCAUUGAGCGGCAUGGCGAGUGGCGGGAGCAUGAAACGAAGAGGAUUCUUGGAAGCUUGCGCGAGAGGGCGAUCCUCCGGCGUAGUCGCUGGGUGCCAGGCCAGGAGAAGCUGCAGUACUGGGGGUUCUCGUACGGAACGGUCCUGGGAUCCACGUUCGCCGCGAUGCAGCCCCAUCGCAUCCACCGCGCGGUGAUUGAUGGCGUGUGCGACGUCAACGACUACUACGCGGGCGGCUGGCUCACGAACCUGCAGGACGCGGACGCGGCGUGGCUGUCCUUCUUCGAGCUCUGCGACUCCGUCGGGCCGGAUGUAUGCUCGUUCGCUACGGGGCAGGGGGGCCUGCAAGCGACGAUCGAUCGCUACGAGAAUCUCCUGACGACCCUCAAGUUGAACCCGGUCGCGGUUCCGGCGUCGGGGGACCGCGGCCCGGACAUCAUCACCUACAGCGAUGUGAAGAUGCUGGUAAUGCAGGCGGUUUACACGCCGAUGGAGUCAUUCGAGCGGGUGGCGCGAUUCCUGACGGACCUCACUCACAGGAACGGCUCCGCGUUCGCCGAGUACAAACAGCGGGAGCGCCAGGACUGGCGUCGGACGCCCCCGUGUGAACCUAAUGGUUCCAAGCCGUGUAUGGUUCCGGGUGAAAAUACCGACGAGGCGCAGAUGAGCAUCCUAUGCUCCGACGGGCAGGAUAUCCGUGGAAUAGAUAAAGAGACGUUCAGGGACUACUGGCAUACGCUGCGUAACCAGAGUGAGACUGUGGGGGACAUAUGGGCUGAGAUCCGCUUCGGCUGCAUCGAGUGGAAGGCAAGGCCUGCAUGGCAAUUGAAGGGCCCAAUCGCUGGGAACACAUCUCAUCCGCUGUUGUUUGCGGGAAACACUUACGACCCAGUCACGCCUCUCCGAAAUGCAUUCACAAUGUCGAAGCAGUUUCCCGGGUCGGUUGUACUACAGCAGAACUCAGUUGGGCAUUGUACAUUGAGCGGGCCGUCGUUGUGCUCAGCCAAGGUGAUUCGAGAAUACUUCCAGACUGGCGAGCUCCCCAGUCAUGGCAAGGUCUGUGAGGUUGAAGAACGGCCUUUU